AUGGAUUUUACGAGUGAUCGUAAAAACGGGCGGGGAAAAAUCGAGAUCAAGAGGAUCGAGAACACGACUAAUCGGCAAGUGACCUUUUGCAAGAGGCGCAAUGGGCUACUCAAGAAAGCUUAUGAGCUGUCUGUGCUUUGUGAUGCUGAGGUGGCUUUGAUUGUCUUCUCUACAAGAGGCCGUCUCUAUGAGUAUGCAAACAACAGUGUUAAAGGAACUAUUGAGAGGUACAAAAAAGCAUGCUCAGAUUCCCCAAACACUGUCUCUAUAUCAGAAGCAAACACACAGUAUUACCAGCAAGAGGCGUCGAAACUGCGCGCGCAGAUCACUGAAACUGAGAGUGCUCAUCAGCACAUGAAUUUGAUGCCGUCUAGCUCGGGUUUUGAGCUUUCUCAGCCUCAAUCUUUCGAUCCUCGAGGCUAUCUUCAGGUCAACGGGCUACAAGAACAAGUCACACCUCUUCGUCUAGUGUAA